AUGUUCACGACUAAUCAACCACGUGUCUGUACCAAAGAUAGUUUCAGUGCUAGUUGUCUAAAAAUAUUACCAGCUCCAUCGGAAAAGUCGUUCGUUGAUUCUAUUCUGGCCUAUGGAAAUCGUCAAGCAGCAAACUUUAAGACUUUGACAAAUGAUGAGUACAUCUUUUAUUUCGCCAUUGGUAGUAUGAUUAAUCCGAUAUCGCUACAUCUACGAAAUAUUAGACCCAUUGUCUCUUACCCUGCUACUUGUUAUGACCAUCAAAUCGUCUUUUGCGGACCUAAUGGUAUGGCUAAUAUCGAAUCAGCACUUGGUGAAAGUCUUGAGGGAGUUGUUCAUCUUCUAACAGCAACAGAUAUGGAUACUCUGGACAAAGUCGAAUUAUUUUACAAUCGAAUUCCAGUGACUGUUACCGACUAUUCGAAUCAGACACAAGUGACUUACGCGUAUCAGAUAGAUUUAUCAAGACUUUCUAACUUAGAAUACAGUUUACCAUCAGAACGAUAUAUGGAUAUUAUUAUUAAAGGAUGUGAAUAUUAUGGCGUUAGACAAGCGUACAUUGAUCGAUUGAAACAAAUCAAUGUUGUGCCACGUAUGAAACCGAGUGAAUACAAGUGCAUUACUGAUGUACCCGAUGUUCAUUAUACCCUCGAUGAUCUUGUUUUGCGUAACGGUACAAAUAAUUAUCCUGUGUGGAUUAGUGUAAACCAUAAAAUUUUCGAACAUACUGGUCUCCCAUCACCAGAUGAUCCGUCUUAUAAUCAACUUUCUACAACUUACAAUUUAAUCAGAAAUCUACAUGCUGGCAAAGACAUGACGCUCAAAAUAUCACAAAAUAUCUAUGAACCUUUGUAUGGUAUACCUUUAACAGAAGAUGAAAUGACUCUGGAACAUCGCUCUAUGGCUGAAGAUACGUUCCUAACAUUCAUUUCAAACCCAAAAUUGGGCGAUAAAACUUACUGGCGACCAAUUGGUAAACUAAUUAAAUCUUCUUCUGAAAAAUGUACACCAAACUGCUAA